CUGUGGCGUGCCACGUAGGCUUGCCACUUGAACCAUCACCUACAACCGGUUCCGGCGUUUGUUCGAAUGUUGUGUGACUGGUUCCAUUUCUAGUUUUAGAAAAUUGUUUGAUCAGAACAAUGGGGUAUUAAUCCUCCUAGAAUUGGUUAGAAAUUGUGGCAUACAAUUCCGCUGAACAAGACCCGAACGAUAGCUCCCGACGCCAUCUUGUUUUAAAACUAAAAGAAAGAAGAGUUACUGGAUUCGCUAGCCGUCCUUGACCUGAAUUCGGAAGAUGGCCAGUUGUUUGGGCUACAGUGCGGCUGUCACUGUCCUCUUCGCUAUUUUAGCGGCCUAUUAUUACAAGAAAGCCACGGAACGCCAUGUUAUGUCGGUUUUGGAUGGAAUGCUUGCGCUGGAGAAGAGGUCCCGGGCAAGAUUACAACAAGGACCACGUCCAAGGAUAGCCAUCGGUUUUGAGGCAACAGUUGACCUCUCGCUGAAUGCCUUAGAGCUCUUGAAAGCUAUUGGAAUUGCCCCGCCGGCCAGGAUGUACCCCCACGAUGCCAUAGAAAAUGAGACAGCACUGGCAGAGACCUUUGCUUAUUUUUAUGCUCACAGUGUGGCAUCUUCUAGAUAUGUUGCCAACAAAGAAUUGUUUCGGAAGCUCUCAAACCUGGCCCGAAAGCUGGAAAGCACAAGGGCGAUCAUUGGUGGUACUGCUGUUGCUUUUGCGAUAAGGUUUGCAAAGGAGCAAUGUGAUACUGUGGUGGCUGGUCGAAUGACAAAAGCUACCGUUGAAGAUCUGCUACCUGGAAACAUCACCAUUAUUGGCAGCCAGGUACCAGAAGAUGAUAUUCACCUCUUGCUGGAAUUUCCUGGUGAUGAACCCUGGGGUGAAUUUACCUCACAGAGAGCGAAUCGCAUGGUACUGCACAGCGAUGAGCAUAACCCUUACUUCACUGCUCUUGAAGACCUCAAAACCAACACAGAACAGGUUAAACCAAAUGUAGUUGUGAUCGGUGGACUACAUAUGAUGGACAACUUCCCUUAUAAGGGCAAUCAAAGAAUAGAGCGCUUUACAGAGCUUUCAAACUACCUUGGCUCGCUUGAAAAAGAAACCAAGAUCCAUUUUGAGAUGGGAGUUUUCCAUGAGUUUGAGUUGUUUUCAAAUCUAUUAGAGUAUGUUUUUCCCUAUUCUGACUCAAUAGGCAUGAAUGAACAGGAUCUCCCAAAUCUCCUAAGUAUGCUGAAAUUCAACAACAUCACAAAAGUUUCUACUCAGAAGCCGAGAGUUGCUGUAGUCCUUGACCAAAUGGGCCAAGUCUACACCUUGUUACGCUCAAAAGAGCUACACCCCAAUCAGCGUCAUGUCACUAGAAUUCACCUCCAUACUUUGGCAUUUCAAGCUAUGCUCACAACAAAAGGAACCUGGGAAAAUGCCAAGAGUGCAACAGCAAAAGCCUCGCUGACAGCCACCCGACAUGUGUGUGGCUCUAGAUAUAUCGAGACCCAUAAAUCCAAGGUUUUGAUGGAUGACUCGUUCUCUCUAAGUGUGACUCAGAAUAGUAAUCGGGUGCCAUUCAAUGCAGAGAAUCCUGUGUCCUGUUGGGAGGAGAAAGAUUACGAGUUCUGCGUGGCACCGGUUUUAGUGUGCACUGAGAUCAAACAAACUGCUGGUGGAGGAGACAAUAUCUCAGCUGGGGGUCUUUCCGUACAGUCUUAGGUUUUCUUAGAUGAAAUGCAUUAAGCCUGAAUGGGAAUCUUUGAUAAGGGGAAGGGGUGUAUGUAUAAUUUUCAGAUCUUUUGUAUUUGCACUGCAGUGUGAGUAUAUAUAUUCAAUAUUUGGGCUGUAGCCCUGGGGUGGAGCACGUCACCCACAUAAUGUUUAUAUGCCCCCUAUACUUUCUAGUCUGUAGCAUUUCUGUGGAGAUUCAGCAGAGAUGGAACAAUCAAUGUUUUGUCCACACAGAAAAUGGAGGAACCAAAAAUUGAGACGAGGGAGAGACUGCCCAUCUGGAUCUUUGGUCUUUCUGUGCUGAAACUCCACAGAAACACUUGCUUCACGUACUUUUUUCUGUUUCUGUAUCAUGCCCAACCCCAAUAUUUUGAGGCCUGCUUCAGCUGUUAUUUACAGCAGUCUCAGACAUAGUGUUAUUGGGUUUUUUAGUGAACUUUGAAAAAAAACUCCUUACCCUUUAGAUGGUAUACAGUAAAAUGGGCAAAGAUAACUGCAUCUUUCGCCCCAAAAACUCUAUAACGACUGCAUUUUUUUUAAACACAUUCAUAGACUUACUGCUAAUUUGAAAGAGUUGGCAGGUAUUAUAUAUAGAUUCAUCAUUCAUUACAAAACUAUUUGCAGCAGUCAAUAAUUUGGAUCUUAUAGGAAAUAACCAUUGUGAAUGGUAAGGUACCAUCUGUAUCAUUUACAAUUGAUUAUUUUUAUUUUUCCUUUGAAUAACACUAUUGAGCAUGUUUUUGGGAAUGGUGAAACUGGCAGGGGCGGAUCCAGGAGCUCCAAAAAAGAGGGUUCGAAGUAAGGGUUUCAAGAAAGGGGGGCCAGAUUCAAUGUUCUUUUAGUAUUUCCUUAUAUUACUUGUUAUUUUUAGGGUAAAUAUCUGAAAAUACCGGCCCACCCCUAAAUCUGCCUCUGGCUAGAUUCACUAGAAAGUGAAAUGCUACCCUCUUAGGAUAAAUAUUAUAGUUUAUUAUUAUUAUCACUUUUGAGUUUUCUUUGAUGCAGAAAUAAUGUUUAUUUUUGCGGUCAUUUUCCUAUCAUCUACAGUGUUUAUAAUAUCCUCAAAUCCUCCAUUUUCCAAUGCGUUGGUAUAAUCAUCCAUAUGCCAAGAACUUGCGUACUUGAAAUAUCCUUCAUCAGUGACUUUUUGCAAGCGUUCAGGGGCUAGUGUUGUUACCAUGACACCCCCAGGCUUUAAUACUCGAUUAAGUUCUCUUAUUGCCAGUGGAAUAUCAGGCCAGAAAUAAUAACAAUUAGUGUGAAAUAUGCCAUCAAAGAAGUUUUUCCCAUAAGGAAGGUUGAUUACGUCAGCUUGUACAAUUUCCAGUUUUCCUGACUUGAUUUCUGUGGCAAAUGCUUGAUUGGUCAACGAUAACUGAAAUUAAAUUUUAAAAAUGGUUAAGUAAUAAUUAAAUAAAAAGUGAAAUAGUUUGAUGGUUUCUACACCUCCCCAGCUUUACCCUUUUUGUAUAGAAUUGUUAGGCCCUAGCCUGGAAUGCAGGCCUUUACCCAAUGUUUUCAUGGUGAAAAAACCAGCCUCGAGUGUUUCGUAGCCUCCAUCUUGGAUUUAUAGUGUAAAUGAAUUUUUUUUUCCCAGAACAUAGGUGUUAAAGAAGGCCAAUCACAACAUCAUUUUAUGCUCCCACUCAAUGGGGAGACCUACAAAGCAUGCAUUUUUAUCACCCAAUUUUAGUGAGUAACCAAGAUAUAUUCAAUCAAAUAUCAGCAAUAGAAUUAUAUCAGACUUCAUUUGUAGAUUGUCAUGUUGAAGUUUCCUUGCAGGAGAAGCUGAUUGAUAUUCUUAGAGCCCCAAGAUAUAUAGUAAAUAAAUGGAACUAACUACCA